UAUAAUACAAAAAUUGUAAAACGUGAUGUUUAAAUGUUGUACUAAGUGAAGUUAAAAUUAUAAUUUAUACAAAAUGUUACAAUAUUAAAAAUAUCUAUAUGUUGUAUGUAACUGCUUUAUUUUCUUAAACAAAUCUUAACAGUUAGAUACAGAAUAAAAAAUGACGUUUUUAUUCCGGACAUCAAAUACAAUUUUAAGUGUACUAAAAACUAAUCAAAGUAUUAGACAACCAUUUCACAGGUGGGUUGCACCAACACUUAGAGAACUUAAAAAGAGAAAAGAUAGAUUGGGUCCACAAAAACCAGUGCACCGUAAAACAUUUUUAGAAUGGAAUUAUGAUACAGAACUGUAUGCAUUCAGCAAACGCAUAGGAGAAUCAUUUGAUAAUACUUUAUUACAAAGAGCUCUGGUUGAACGAUCCUACAUAAUAAAUGAAGAAGAAAGACAGAAAGAAGUAGGAAUUGAACAACCAACACUAAAUUUAACUGAUAACAAGGAGUUAGCAGAAAAAGGCUCAGCAUUUUUAAAUGACAUCGUAAAAAGAUAUUUGCGUACUGUAUUUCCUAAAUUGCCUGAAGAGGGCAUAAUAGGAAUUCAUGAUUUUUUAACUAAUGAUGAUUCACUUUCUCAUGUAUCAUUCCAUAUUGGUACAUCUGAAUUGAUUCUUUGUGCUGAUUUUCCUGUUGAAAAAUCUACUUUAGCCAACGUCUUGAAAGCAUUAGUAGGUGCUUUAGUUGAAAGUUCUGGUGAGGAGCGAGCUACAUUAUUUGUGAGAGAUUUUGUUAUGACACAAUUAGCUGACAAAGAUAUACAUUCAAUUUGGGAUCAUAAUGAGCCUAUUCAACUAUUAACAGACUUAUUAGCAAAGGAUGGUAUUGGUGCUCCUGAACCUAGAAUUGUUGGUGAAUCUGGCAAGAACACAAUAUUAGCUUGCUUUAGAGUAGGCUUAUAUACACCACAUGACAAAAAAAUGAUUGGUCUAGGUUUUGGAGAAACUGUGGAUAUUGCUCAUGAAAUGGCAGCAAGAAAUAGUUUACGGCAUUUGUUUGGUACCGCUGACACUACUUUGAUUCCAUUUAACUUAGAAUUAAAUCAGCUAAGUACGAGAACUGAAAAAAAUGCAUCCAUAAAUGAAUGGUCACAAAAAAAUCUGCCUGUUCGACCAACACAUUAUAAACUUCGUCAAGCUAAAGCAAUAAAUACUUAAUAAAUUUAUUUAUGUAUAGUAUAUAUUAUACAUUUUUUAAAUAUUAGUUUUUUUUUAUAAUGUGUGUGUAAAAUCAACAAGAAAUAAAAUUAUCAAUA